GUGUCGCCACCCCAACUCGCCCUGGGCGCCAGUUCCGCUCCGCACGUCGCGCACCCCCGGUUGCAGCCCGCGAAUGGUCUGGCCCGUCGGCAGCCGCCACCCGCUUCGGCAGCAAAAGCUGCUCCAGCUGCUCGGGGUCGAGCGCCGGGGGUCGAGCGCCGGAGCCCGAGCCGGGGCUGCCGCGGGCGGUGGGCGGGCGGAGGGAAGCGCCGGACCACCAGCUCGGACUGCAGCCCUGGACGGACGCCGGCGGGAAACCGGGGAGCCGCAGAGCGAUCGCCUGCUGCGGGGAGGCGAGCCCCGGGUCUGGGCUUGCCCUUGCUCGGGCAUCUUCUUAUCCCAUAACUUCGGUGCCCUGAAAUCUGAGUAUUCCACCAAGAUAAUAUGAUAGGAACUUCCCGUGGUUUGGAGCCAUAGCCUCCUUAGGCCCAUGUGGGCCAUCCAGAUUUCCUGAGAGCUGGGUACAGAGACACACUGCUUGCUGAUCGGUACAAGCAAUAAUGCCAUCUCUGCCUCACGAAAGAGUUAUUCAGGGAUCCUCUCCCCUGGAUCUGAAUACAGAAUUGCCUUAUCAAAGCAGUAUGAAAAGGAAAGUGAGAAAGAAGAAAAAGAAGGGAAUAAUUACAGCAAAUGUUGCUGGGACAAAGUUUGAAAUUGUUCGUUUAGUAAUAGAUGAAAUGGGAUUUAUGAAAACUCCCGACGAGGAUGAAACAAGUAACCUUAUAUGGUGUGAUUCUGCAGUUCAGCAGGAGAAGAUUGCAGAGCUGCAAAAUUACCAGAGGAUCAACCAUUUUCCAGGAAUGGGGGAGAUCUGUAGGAAGGAUUUCUUAGCAAGAAAUAUGACCAAAAUGAUCAAGUCCCGGCCUCUGGAUUAUACCUUCGUUCCUCGUACAUGGAUCUUCCCUGCUGAAUAUACUCAAUUCCAGAACUAUAUGAAAGAACUGAAGAAAAAAAGAAAGCAGAAAACUUUUAUAGUAAAACCAGCUAAUGGUGCAAUGGGUCAUGGGAUUUCUUUGAUAAGAAAUGGUGACAAACUUCCAUCUCAGGAUCAUUUGAUUGUUCAAGAAUACAUUGACAAGCCUUUCCUAAUGGAAGGUUACAAGUUUGAUUUACGAAUUUAUAUUCUGGUGACAUCAUGUGAUCCACUAAAGAUAUUUCUGUACCACGAUGGACUUGUACGCAUGGGAACAGAGAAGUACAUCCCACCGAAUGAAUCCAAUUUGACCCAGUUAUACAUGCAUCUGACAAACUACUCUGUGAACAAGCACAAUGAGCGGUUCGAAAGGGAUGAAACUGAAAACAAAGGCAGCAAACGCUCCAUCAAAUGGUUUACAGAAUUCCUACAAGCAAAUCAAUAUGAUGUUUCUAAGUUUUGGAGUGACAUUUCAGAAUUGGUUGUUAAGACUCUGAUUGUGGCAGAACCUCACGUCCUGCACGCGUAUCGAAUGUGCCGGCCUGGUCAGCCUCCCGGAAGUGAAAGUGUCUGCUUCGAAGUCCUGGGAUUUGAUAUUUUGUUGGACAGAAAACUAAAGCCAUGGCUUCUGGAGAUCAAUCGAGCUCCAAGCUUUGGAACUGAUCAGAAAAUCGACUAUGAUGUGAAAAGAGGAGUGCUGCUAAAUGCACUGAAGCUGCUAAACAUCAGGACCAGUGAUAAAAGGAGAAACUUGGCCAGACAAAAAGCUGAGGCUCAAAGGAGGCUUUAUGGUCAAAAUUCAAUAAAAAGGCUCUUACCAGGGUCCUCAGACUGGGAACAGCAGAGACAUCAGUUGGAGAGGCGGAAAGAAGAGUUGAAAGAGAGACUUGCUCAAGUACGAAAGCAGAUCUCUAAAGAAGAACAUGAAAAUCGCCAUAUGGGGAAUUAUAGACGAAUUUAUCCUCCUGAAGAUAAAACUCUGCUUGAAAAGUAUGAAAAUUUGUUGGCUGCUGCCUUUCAGACCUUUCUUUCAGGAAGAGCAGCUUCAUUCCAGCGAGAGCUGAAUAAUCCUUUGAAAAGGAUGAAGGAGGAAGAUAUUUUGGAUCUUCUGGAACAAUGCGAAAUCGAUGACGAAAAGUUGAUGGGCAAAACUGCCAGGCCUCGAGGACCAAAGCCUCUGUGUUCCAUGCCUGAGAGUACAGAGAUAAUGAGAAGGCAGAAGUACUACAGCAGUGAUAGCAGCUAUGACAGCAGCAGCAGCUCCUCGGAGUCAGAUGAAGAGGAGAAAGAAGAGUACCAGAAUAAGAAACGGGAAAAGCAAGUUACUUAUAACCUUAAGCAGUCCAACCACUACAAAUUAAUUCAACCAUCCAGCUCCAUAAGACGUUCAUUCAGUUGCCCUCGGUCCAUCUCUUCUCAGUCACCUUCUAGUGCAGAUAUCCGGCCCCUGUCUGCUCAACAAAUGAUGUCAGCACCCCGGCCAACUUCAACCUCUCGGUCACAUUCCUUAAACCGUGCUUCCUCCUACAUGAGGCAUCUGCCUCAUAGUAAUGAUGCCAGCUCCACCAACUCUCAGAUGAGUGAGUCUUUGCGGGGACUGAGAACAAAAGAACAAGAAGAUGAUCUAACAAGUCAGACCUUAUUUGUUCUCAAGGACAUGAAGAUCCGGUUUCCAGGAAAAUCAGAUGCAGAAUCAUUACUUCUGGUAGAAGAUAUCAUUGGUAACUGGAAGUAUCAUAAAACAAAAGUGGCUUCAUAUUGGCUCAUAAAAUUGGACUCUGUAAAACAGCGAAAAGUUUUGGACAUAGUAAAAACAAGUAUUCGUACAAUUCUUCCACGUAUCUGGAAGGUAGCUGAUGUCGAUGAACUACAUUUAUAUCGGAUUUUUAACCGGGUUUUUAAUCGCUUACUCUGGAGUCAUGGCCAGGGACUGUGGAAUUGUUUCUGUGAUUCGGGAUCCUCUUGGGAGAGUAUUUUCAGUAAAAGCCCUGAGGUGGUGACUCCUUUGCAGCUCCAAUGUUGCCAGCGCCUGGUUGAACUUUGUAAACAGUGCCUGCUAGUGGUUUACAAAUAUGCAACUGACACAAGAGGAUCACUCUCAGGCAUUUGUACUGAUUGGGGUAAUUCCAGGUAUUUACUUCCGGGCAGUACACAAUUCUUCAUGAGAACACCAACCUACAACUUGAAAUACAGUUCACCUGGAAUGACUCGCUCCAAUGUUUUGUUUACAUCCCGAUAUGGCCAUUUGUGAAGUAAAAGGGAAGAUCGCCAUGGGUUAUGCAAAAGAGCAAUUCAUUUUCCCCUUAAUUUAAACAUGCAAAGAAAGCAACCAUUAAGUGCUGUUUUAUGUAUAUAUGACAUAUAUAUGUGUGAAAUAUAGACACACAUUUCCUCAAAUAACAUGUAUAUUUAUUAUAAUACAUAAAAGAAGAAUUAGCAGAAAACUUGGAUAUAAGAUUUAACCUUUCUGGAAAUGUAAUAAACCAUGUUAAUAUUGUUUACAAAUAUGUGAAUGCCUAGAAUUUGCCAGGUUUAUAAAUACCUUCCUACUAGAAAUGUUAUUUUUGCUGCAGAGUAUAUGAAACAAUUGAUCUUGAAGAUCCCAUUACUGUGUUAAAUUAUUUUCUAGAUGACACAUCUUUUGACUUAAAAAAGCAUUAAUAGUAUAAAACCUUAUUCUCUUAUGUAUAUAGUAGACAUAUAAAAUGAAGAAAAAUUAGAAGCCUGGUGUUGCUUUGAUGAUAGGAUUAAGUGUAAAACGGGUUUAUCAUUACUAUAGUAUGCUGUAAAGUACUACAAAAAUCUCAACCUAAUUCUUCAACAUUUUUAUUCCCCUAUGUGAAAAUUUAGCUACUUAUGUUAAUGUAAAUUUUCAGGAAGGAUCUAUGAGAUCCUAUUCCAAUCUAAAGCAGAAGACAAUCCAGUGGGUUAAAAAUAAAGAAAACAUAAAUUUGCUUUUAUUUUUACUUUUCAUCAGGAGUCACAAAAAGGAAAAGAAAAUGAUGGUAAUGACAAAGUCUACUUAUGAUUUUUGCAUCUUAUACCACUAAUUUUUAUUUGGAAAGAGUAUCUCCAAUGGAUGGAUACAGUCAAAUACAAUUUUUUCUAUUCUUCAGAAGUAGAAGUGUUAACCUUUCAAACUCAUAUCGGUGUUACAUGAUAAUGUGUCACACUUAUGUUAUGUCUUUCAAUGUUGAGACCAAGUCACACUGCAAAGUCUAAUACAGUUACACAUUACACCAUUGAAAAUAAUCUCAAAUACUGCAAGUAGAAGAUUCUGAUUACUGGAUAUUAUUAGUUAGGGUGUACCCUUAAGAAUUUUUUAAAAAAAACUGUGAAGUUUCUUCUUGUUCAAAGUUAACAUGCAUACGUUUCUUAGCAGUUUACUUCCAUUUCUUGCAGAGAGUUUCAAAACAAUGAAUGAGCUUCCAGUUUUCUAUGGAAAUAUAAACACUAUCAUUAACAUGGGAGUCCUUAGAAAUUGCAAUAUUUACUUUUUACAAGUUUGUUUCAACUUCUCUACCAUGUUUUAUUUUCUCACAGAUGCUAAUUAUUUGCAAAAUUUAUGAAUGUUUUACCUCCUUUUAUUAUCCUAAAAGCUAUUUCCAGUAAAUCAAGAAAUGGCCCCAAGAAGAAGAACUGAGGGGAGCAAACUCUCCUGGUUUAAUUCACAAGCUGGAUAAUUGGCAACCCACAGUUGUAAGUUAGAUGUACUUUGUUUUUAAAGCCAUAUGUUGAGACUGUGUUAGACUAGAAUAGGUUGUUCUCUAAAUUAUUGCUAGUUACUUGGUUGUUUAUGACUACUUAACAUCCAUAUUCCAGUAGGUACUUUUUCUUGCUAGAUGUAUCCCAAAGAAGAAUUUGUUACUGUCUUUGUGAAAAAAGGAGAAUAAGGAUGUCAAGAUGAAGGAAAUUACUGUGUAAUUCUGAAUGUUUAUGACUCCAUUUUGUAAAUUCUUAAGCAUGUGUUAUAGAUUUCUUAGAAAAAAUAAUGCAACAAUGGGGAUAUUACAAAAUCAUUACAAGAAUGAUCAGCAAGUAGGCCUUUUUAAGGAGUAUUUUUAGUCAUUUUUCUUUUAAAUUCACACUUUGCCCAUGAAUGAGACACGAUUUCAAGUGUCUGGUAUAUGAUAUCAACGUAUUUUGUUGUUUGCUAACUUACAUUAAUUUAAAUAAAAAAUGGUUAUUUAAUUUGCUAGAGUCGGUGCUUUUGAACUUCUGUCCUUAGUUGUACAAGAGUGAAUUUUUUAUGUAAGACAAGAAUAAGAAGAAUGUCCAACUUGGGGAUGCACCCUCUCCCCCUAGGAAAACACAUGCAAACUCAAACACAUGCACAUACACAUACACACAUAUACUCAAAGAAUUUUAAAAACCAAAAGUAAAUUUAAAUAUAUGAACUAUCCAAAUAACUGAUGAAAAAAUUUCAUUUCCCUAGCUACUUAAGUCUGCCUUUUUUUUUUUUUAAGCACUAGAAUUUCAUUGCCCACGUUUGCCUAUUUAUUCUGAUCUCGUUUGAUAUGAUAGUUGUGAAAAGCCAUGUACUAAUUAUAUUGAUGUACACUGCCUGGUAUGCAUGGUCUGUGGUUGCUGUAGUGCUUAUCCCCUGAUGAGACACUAAGAGGAGAAGAUACAGUAAUAAACUGUGGAAGUCUCUAGAGGCCAUAGAAAUGUUUUAGAGGCAUAAUAUAAUUCUUAGUUUCUAUUAUAAUUUUUUUAAUUAACGGGGUUAAAGCAUACUAGUAUAAAUGAUAGUAUGGGUCAGACUCUCUCUCCUGAGAGAGAGAAUAGCUUUAUCUGAAAAAUCCAAAGCUAUUCAUUUUUACCAGGAGUUUUAAAUAGGGAAUUUGGUUUACUUAUGAUGAAAGUAUAUUUUUAUUCUGUUAUUAAGAAAGUAUCGCUGAUAUUUCUGUAAAUCUAAGAUUGGAAUGCUUCCCAGAAAUGUAUAUGAUUAGAGUGAUUUCCAGAAUUGUACAAAAAGCAAUCUUUUUCCUUUAAAUCAUCUAUGAACACAGUUUGUGAUGCAGAUUAGUUUCACUUUAAUAAUACAACAUUGUAGAUUAGUUGCCAUUUGUAAUCUGUUGAAGGAAAUACUGUGAUUCUCAGUAUGAUUAGUUUUACUGGAUUUUAUUUUAGUAGCAUUUAUUUAUCUUGCUUGCAUACAAUAAAGUUAGAAUCAGAUAUAGAAAUGGUGACAGUAACCUGCUGGAACAUAGUUGAAUAUCUCCGGUUAUCUAUAAGAUGCAAAGAUCUAUACACAUUUUUUGUAGGUCUAAAUACACAAAAUGUUUCUACUAAUUCCUUUUCCCUAAAACUAAAAUGAACCAAACUCAAAGAAAAAAUUCCAACCUUCUUUACAGCUAGAUCACAAUAGUUUCUAGACAUCAAGAAAAAUAUUUCAUCCUAAUUCUCUUUUUACCUUGGAACGUAUAUGAUUAUAGAAUUUGGUUAUCUAACUGGAAAUUUCAGAUGCUUUCAUAUAAAUUAAUACAAAUACUUUUUUCUUUAGCCUGUCAAAGCCAUUCUGUUUAAAAAUUCUCUUUAAACGUAUACCUUACUUGACCUUUUCAAAAUACCAAAAAAUUAAUAGUUGCAUAAAUGCUAUUAUUUCUGUAAAGCAUUGGUUUAUUCUUAAGUGUACAUUUUUUAAAGAAUAAGAGCAGAUACCUCAAGAAGAAUGACAGAAAAUACUCUUCUGUCCUCUAAUGCUGAUUUAUAUUUUGAGUCUUAGUUAAUUUGAUUAUGAGUGUUAAACAAUAAAAAUUAUAACUACAAUUAAAGUGUUUCUGUGACUUGAUAAUUAUUGAAAAUUUGCUUUCCCCUUUAGAUUAAGAGAUUUAAGUUUUCAAAAACUGAAUUAGUUAUCUAAAUAUUUUGGCUAAUAUUAGUUUCAAGUGAAUUAAAAUU